AAACCUCACACAGCAUUGCGUGCACCGAUUUGCUCCACAGGGCUCGAUGUCCCAUGUCCUAUGGACACUUGAAGAGCACAGGGAGUGAUGAGCCGCAGCCCUUCAGCUAUGCAUGGCUACGGGCCCUGAAGCAAGACUUCGGCAGCGAGCUGCUGCUCUUGUUGUUCGCUGUCCAGCAUCUCAUCAAGGGGUUUGUGGCCAACCUCAGCGGCAGGGCGACACCGUAUCUGUGCAAAGCAUAUGAAGUGCCGGCGCAGGAGAUUCAAAUUUGGAAGACCGUGAUCUAUUCGCCUUACGUCCUGAAGCCUAUCUUCGGUUUGAUCAGCGAUCUCCUGCCCAUCGCCGGUUAUCACAAGGGGCCGUACAUGUUCCUGGCCACAAGUGCCGGCUUGGUUUCUUCCGUGGCAAUCGGUGCCGGCAUUGUUACGUCGCUAAACUUCUUGGUCGUUGGUCUCUUCCUGCUGGAGCUGUGCAUUUGCACAAAUGACCUCCUAACUGAAGCGUUGUACGCGCGCGAACUCCAGGAGCAUGCCAGGCUAGGGCAAAGCCUUUUGACCUAUGUCUUUGCAGGAAUGACCAUGUGGUCCUUGGCAGCGAACCUGUCCGCCGGUUUCAUGCUGGAGCCGCUUGAUAGACAGCGUUGAAUGGUGCUCCAAUUGGCCUUCUGUUUCGGGGAUGAAGGGGGCCAAAGCACAAUGAUGAGUUCAUAGCUGAGAUUGUGAAA